AUGGCACAACCUCCUCCUCCAUUUGGUCAGCCUGGCCAGGGCCUCGAGGAUCACUUUGGGAAUAUGACGAUUGCAAGUCAAGGCCCGUCUACUGCUGGACCGCAGCAGCAGGGGGUUAUUGCUGAGACUCAGGUCGUGGUGGAUGCCUCUGGACAGAAGCGUCAGAAGCGUCUGAACCAGAGUCAGCGUCGCGAGCUGGCUGCUCAACUCACCAUCCCCAUCGACCCUCGGCCUCUGGUUCUACCACCGCCGGUAUCCCAACCUCAGAUUCUACCACAGCCGGUGUCCCGGCAUCAGAAUCAGCAUCAGCAUCAGCCUCAGCAUCAGCAUCAACGGCAGAAUUCCCAACACUAUCAAAACCAGCAACAGUUCAACCAACAGCAGCGUGGUGGCCAUGGCCAUCAGUCUCGAGGCAGUGGAGGCAGGGGAGGCGGCCAUUGGCAGGGACAGCGUGCUAACCACAGACCUCAAGGCAACGGUCGUGGUGUUUUACAGGAAGAAGCACCAGCUUACCGGCCUCACUCAGCUACUUUCCUCCCACCUAACCAGAGGCAAGGCGGCGGCAGCGGUGGCGGUCAGCCUCAUGGAUGGCCGCAAGCCCGGGGACCUCAAGGCAACGGUGGUGUUUUGCAGGGAGAAGCACCAGCUUACCGGCCUCACUCGGCUACUUUUCUCCCACCUGACCCAGGUCAAGGCGGCGUUCCGUUCACACAACCGCGGCACCAAGUCUCGCGAUCUUAUCAGGACCCCAAACAAAUGAAUCCUCCUGCGGAACAGUAUCCCGUGGAUGUCAUCACCCCAGCCCUUCCGUCGCCCGUGCGGCCCGACCUUCAGUCACCUCAGUUUAGGAACCAGCCGCCACACCCUCACCGUCAUCAAACUGCGGGUAGUGGCAGUGCAUUUAGCAUUACUAGGGAGGUCCUGGCGCAGGCACAACAUCUGGAGAACAUCUGCAACGAAGUCGUUGCAAAUGCCGAGAUCAAUCCCGCUGAGAUUCAAGAGAAGGAGGCUUUCCGAGUCAGGAUUGAGCAGGUCGUCCGGGAUGUCAUUACCAAUUUCGAGAACGAAAAAGCCGGCGAACCGUGGUUUCCACGAGAGAGUGUCCAGCUGAAGUGUUUUGGAAGUCUGAUGUCUGGGUUUGCAACCAAGGACGCGGAUAUGGACUUGGGCCUGUUUGCCCCGUUGUUGGACCCUCAACCAGAGGCAUCAGGUUCUCCGAUACCGAGGCUGAUCGAAAAGGCUUUUCUUGACAUGGGGUUGGGUGCGAGGCUGCUUACCCGGACCAGAGUGCCUAUCAUCAAGAUUUGUGAGAAGCCGCCGGAGGAGUUACGGGUUGCGCUGUUGAAGGAAAGGGAGGACUGGGAAAAGGGAGCGGUAGAGGCCGAGGUUGAUGUAGAGGAUGCGCAUGACGAGGUUGAGCCUAUCCGGGGAGCUGGGGAAGCACAACCGCCUCCUGCGCCUGGAAGCGAAAGUCAACAGCCGGCACGUGUUGUCGAGGAAAGUGAACCGGUAUCUACUCCCGAGCAGCUACUUGAGUCUCUCAAGCAAGAUGGACGGAGUCUGACGAAUUACCACAACGCCGCCAAGAAGGUUCUUCGAAAGCUUGGGGGCUACGACAUAACCCACACCAACGUCUCCUCGAUGACGCCCGAGUGGAUCGAGCCUCUCAAUCGGGUCUGUCUGGCGUUUGCGCGGGGUGUUGCCAACGAGAAGGUGCGGGAGGCGCUGUUGAAUUCCAGGAAUCUAAACGAACACGAACUUCUCACCUUGAAACUGCCGAGGACCCUGUUGGGGGUUUUGUUCCAGAUCGAAGGAGAGAUGCUGGCUCAGUCGUGGGAAGAUCGACCGGUACAAGAAAAAGACGAUAAUUUGGAGCGGCGGUCUUUUGCCACCUUGGCACGCUGGAGGGACCUCAUGCACCGCAGCAAUGUCGGUCAGGAUCCGCUGACGUAUCAGAAGGAAGUCCAGAACUAUGUUGAGACGCUGAAACGGAUUCCGUCGCUUGCGCUUCUUCAUCUUGCGCAGAUGCCGCAUGAGCCGGUGGUGGCUUUUCACAAAAGGGCGAAUCAGUUACUCGUUGAGCUGGGCGGGUGCGACGAGUCGUCAACUGGGGACACGAUCCUUCCGAUUGUUAUACGACAUUACAUCAACGGCAUCUGGAACAGCCAGGUUCGCGAGCAGGUGGAUGAGUUUUCGAAAUUCCCCUACGCCUCAACGUUGGGAGCCGUGGCGAAACGGCACAAGAGUCUCCAGCUUGCGCUGGAUUAUGAGAGGUGUCUCCAGAAAGGGCAAUAUCAGGAACCGGCGGCGAGUUUGGUGAGGUGUUAUGUUGCUCUGCUUCGGGGACCGAUGACGAAGAACGACAAGACUGGCGAGUUGGCUGUUCCCCUGCCGGAUGAAUCCGAUGAGCUCAUGGCAACGAUCAAGCAGCUGGGGGACCCAGCCAUUGAACCGCCCAACCAACCUCGAGAUCUGCACAGAGACCGUCUCGAGUUCCCAAAGUCAAACAUAGGCGUCCAGUGCGACAUCAACUUCUCUGCUCAUCUAGCGGUGGAGAACACGACCCUGCUGAGGUGCUACUCCCUCUGCGAUCCAAGGGUCAGGCCGCUCAUCUUGUUUGUCAAGCACUGGGCCAAGGUGAGGCAAAUUAACUCGCCCUACCGGGGCACGCUGGGGAGUUACGGGUAUGCGAUCAUGAUGCUGCACUACCUUAUCAACGUUGCGCGGCCGUUUGUGGUGCCUAACUUGCAGCUCCUCGGCCCGUCUGGGCAGCCGCCACAGAUGUGCAAGGGGUACCCCAUCCACUUUUGGCGAGACGAGGCGCAGAUUGAGAGGCUGGCGAAGGGGAACGAGCUGACGAUGAACAGGGAGAGUUUGGGGAUGUUGUUGAGGGGUUUUUUCGAGUAUUAUGCCCAUAAUAACCACAGGACGGGGAAGGGUUUUGAUUGGGGGAGGGAUGUGAUUUGUUUGAGGAGGCAGGGGGGGUUCAUGAGCAAGGUUGAGAAGGGGUGGACGGGGGCGAAGACGGUGGUGGAGAGUCCGGCAGGGGGGGUUUUGUCUCCGGGCGGUGGUGGUAGUGGUGUUGGGACUCCGGGUGGUGGCGGCGGCGGUGAAGUAAAGGAAGUCAGGCUCAGGUUUUUGUUUGCGGUGGAGGACCCGUUUGAGACGGAUCACAAUGUUGCCAGGACGGUGACGCACCAGGGGAUUGUCAAGAUCAGGGAUGAGUUUAGGAGGGCGUGGGGGAUUAUCAGGGGGAAGGAGGAGGGGGAGUUGUUGGAGGAUGUGGGGAAGGUGGAAAGGAAGAGGGUGAGGAAGGAGUUUGAGGGGUUGUUGGGGGAGUUGCAUGGGGGGCUUCUUUAG